AAUGUCCAGAUUUAUGGUGUGUGCAUUAUUCAUUUGUACACUUCUAUUUAUAUGUGACAGAUUCACAAAUGGCAUAGAGUUAGAGGAUAUUCCCACAAUCAAUGUGGAUAAGUCACAAAAUUCAAGCUUUUCGAGUAUUCAAGCAGCCAUUAAUUCUGUUCCUUCGAAUAACAAGAAAUGGAUUUCCAUCUCUGUCUCAGCUGGAGUUUACAAGGAAAAGGUGGAAAUUCCUUCAGACAAGCCAUUCAUUUAUGUAAAAGGAGAAGGAAUGGGUAGAACUAGAGUUGUAUGGAAUGGGCAUGGCUCAAUCUUGACUUCUGCAACUUUUACUUCCUUAGCUGACAAUAUUCUUGUCUCAGGAAUCACUUUUAUGAAUGCUUACAAUUAUCCGCCAAGCAAGAACGUGAAUCCGGUGAUGCCGGCAGUGGCAGCGAGGAUCUCCGGCGACCAAUCGGCCUUCCACGAGUGUGGUUUCUUGGGGUACCAAGAUACAUUGUUGGAUGACAAGGGCAAACACUAUUUCAGUCUUUGCACCGUUGAAGGAGCCGUGGAUUUCAUUUUUGGGAAUGGUCAAUCCAUUUACGAGCUGCACAGGCAAGACAUACCCCAGACGAAACCAGUGGCUUCGUGUUCAAACACUGCAGUGUCCGCGGAAAGGGCCACGCCCUCCUUGGUAGAGCGUGGAAGGCUUACUCCCGAGUCAUUUACUACGCUUCCUCUCUCUCAAACCUCGUUGUUCCACGAGGGUGGGACGCCUGGAAUUUCGUCGGCCAUGAGUAACCAUAUCUUCAUCCUUUGCUUUUUCUUUUCUUUUUUGCUUUGUAGCUUCACGAGUGUGUAGCUAUUGUUGGUGUUGCGUUGAUCAGGCAGAGGCGGGCGCAGAAAAAUUAGGCUAUACUUUUUUAAUUUAAUUUUAAAAAAUAUUUUUGGGCGAUUUAGCUCGGACUUUUAUAUAGUAAUUUUAUACUAUAAAAUUUGAAUAAAUUUGAAUGUUCGAUAGAAAAAAAUUAAAGAAUUAGUGGGCAUAAGCCCCUUGAGCUCCUCAUUUGGGUCUGGCAAUGUGAUCAGGAGCAGGAUAACCUUCGUAGAGGAAGAAUGCGAGGGAGCAGGAUCGAACAAGUCGAAGCGUGUGGCGUGGGAAAAAA